CUGGGCGCAUCCCCACACUGUUUUCCCGCCCAAAUUUAGUUUGCUCCAAAUUGAUUCUAUUUUUGUUAAAUAUUAAAGGCAAUGGCGAAUACAGUUGAAACCCCCAAAUUUUCAUCAGACGAUGUUUCGCCAGUCAAGCGUAAAUUGGAAGAUUGCAAUGUUGGAGUGCAGCCUGAGAAUGGCAACUUGGCGUGCGGCAAUGGGUCCCCCGUGAAAUGUAAGAUGAGCAACGGCGGAUCGGACACCAAUCAAAAUGAGCAGAAGUAUUUGGACUUGAUUCGCUAUGUCAUAGAGUACGGUGAACGUCGUAUGGAUCGCACCCAGGUAGGCACACUAUCGACAUUCGGCAGUCAGCUGCGUUUCGACAUGCGGCAGUCGUUUCCCCUGCUGACCACCAAGCGGGUGUUCUUUCGGGCGGUCGUGGAGGAGCUGCUAUGGUUUGUGGCCGGAAAGACAGAUGCGAAGCUCUUGCAGGCGAAGAACGUGCACAUUUGGGAUGGCAACAGCACCAGAGAGUUUCUAGACAAGCUGGGCCACACGGACCGCGCCGUGGGAGAUCUGGGUCCUGUCUAUGGCUUUCAGUGGCGACACUUUGGUGCCGAGUAUGGCACCUGCGACGAUGACUACAGCGGCAAGGGCAUCGACCAGUUGCGCCAGGUAAUUAGGACCAUCAGGGAUAAUCCAUCCGAUCGUCGCAUCAUUAUGUCCGCCUGGAAUCCACUGGACAUACCAAAAAUGGCAUUACCCCCCUGCCACUGCCUUGCACAAUUCUACGUCUCUCAAACUCGAGGAGAGCUCUCCUGCCAGCUGUAUCAGCGGAGCGCCGACAUGGGCCUGGGCGUGCCCUUCAACAUCGCCUCCUAUGCCCUGCUCACCCACAUGAUAGCCCAUGUAACGGGCUUGAAGACGGGCGAUUUUGUCCACACCAUGGGCGACACUCAUGUGUAUCUUAACCAUGUUGAUCCACUAAAGGAGCAGCUAGAACGCAAGCCACGACCGUUUCCAAAGCUGAAAAUCAAGCGAAAGGUCGAGAACAUUGAAGAAUUUCGAUACGAAGACUUUGAGGUCAUCGGCUACGAUCCUUACCCUAAGAUAAAGAUGGACAUGGCCGUCUAAAAGUACUCCUUACUGUAUUAUUAUCUGAAAUACUGGCCAAAUUCGUAAAAUUUUCCAAUCUCAAUUUACUUAAUAAACUAAUUCUCAAAAA